GAUUGCUUAGACCUGUACUCGAGAGUCGACACCACAAGCUUUCUAACGGCAGACUUCGUCAAAGGAGCAAUCGCUCGCAUGAAAGCUGUACUUUCUUGCCGCAGGAUACUUGCUUGGCAAGAUAACGACAACCUAUGGCGUUGAGCAGGAUCGGCGAGCUGUAACUGGGCCAAUGCGCCGACAGCUCGAUGGCGCCGCGCCUCGUGCCCAUAGAGCACCCCCUCGACGCCGUCAACUACGAUGUCGUGCUGCAUCGCGAUGAGUCCUCGGGCUGCUACCAGUGGCGCUACGUGGACGCAGGGCUCGACUCGCGGCGGCGGGCAGCCUCCGCCUGCUGCCGCAGCCGUGGCGGGGAGUUGCCGCCGAGCCCUGGCAGCUCGCCUCCACCCGUGGCCGCCACCGCACCCCUUGCCGCCGCUGUGUACUCGGAUCCGGUCUCUUCAAUUUACCUUCCUGCUACAGCCCGGAGCCAUCAGCUGCACAGCAGCAUAGGCACGGGCGCCGUUCACGGUGCGACGGGCUGCCCGGAGGUAGCGUCGCCCGCUAGCUCUGGCUCACCAACUCGUGACGCGAUGGAGCUGGAGCAGCAGCAGCAGCAGCAGCAACAGCAGCCGCAUAACGGGAAGCAGGAUGAUUCAUUGUCAGGGCAGCGGGCACCAGCGGAGCGGGGCCAAGAAGCGGGCUGCCGCGCAUCACGUCCGCAGGUUCCUUUUCAUAGCCAGGCAGCAGCAGCGGCAGCAGCAGCAGCAGCGGCAGCGGGGCCGGAGGCCGCUUCACCGCCACUCGGACCAGGAGCGGGCGCAACUACAGGAACAGGCGCGGGGACGGGGAUGGAGGUGCAGGCGGAAGGGGAGGCGGAGGCGGACUUGGUGCCGUGUGGCCAUCCACACGAGGUCCUGGAGCCCACGCGGCGGCGGGAGCUGCUCCGGGCCACAGGGCUGUUGGGACAGGUGGCGCAUGACGCCGUGGUGCUGCUGUACGAGCUGCACCAGCUGACCGCCGCCUCCGCCGCCAUCCGCACCAGCGGCACCUGCCCGCCCGCCGCCGUGGACCUCACCGACCGCGACUUCGUAGUGCUGGCGCUACUGCCGCACCCGCACCCCACGGACCAGCACCAGCACCCGGACCAACACAACAUGGGGCAACACCAUACGGAGCAACACCACACGGAGCAGCCCAAGCCGUGGCAGUGCCAGCAGCAGCAGCAGCAGCAGGUGUCGGCCUCCGGCCGGACAGCACACCAGCAGGGGCAACCCCGCGAGCAGCUGAGGACCGGAGCGCCUGCAGGAGGUGGCGGCAGUGGCGGCGGCAGCGGCGGCAGUCCGUGUGCAGGUCGGUUACGGUCCCUCAGCGGCGGCGGUGAAAGUGAGGACUGCUUCGUUGGUGGGGGCCGGGGCCCGGGAGGUGGCGCGUGCAGUCACGGCUCAGCGGGUGGGACUGCUGGCGCUGGCGCCGGCGUGGCUGCCGCCGGCAGCAGCGACGGGAGCAGUGGCUGUAGCCAGAUCGGAGCUGGGUCAGGUGCCGGCAGUAGCUGUGGCAGCAUCAGGCGCAACAGCUCCGGGCCCUGGUGGCGCAAGCCGGCUGCGUGUGGCAGUCGGAGGCUCCGAAAGGGCGGGGUUGCGGUCAGCUCCUCCGCCGUCAGUCAUGGGGCUGCGGCGGUGGGGCCUGCUGCCGCUGCCGCUGCCGCUGGCACAGCAGCCGGCGAGCGCGGCGCCGCGCCGGCACUGGAGGAGGACCUGCAGGCCUCGGCGGCGCCCAUGGACAUCGACAUGGACUUCGCCGCAGGUGCCGUCGGGGCAGACGCCAGCGAAGCACUUGGUGCGGGGCAGUACACCAGCAACGACAUGCAGCAGCAGCAGCAGCAGCAGCAGCAGCAGGAGACGAGCUCAAGGCCAAAAGACGUGAGCAUGGCGGCAACGGCGGGCAGGCUGGGAGCAGGGGAAGGUGUGGUGUGGCCACCUCACGGCAGUGUGGGCCCGGGGCCGUACACGUCUUCAUCGUCACCACUCGCCAGCGUCACGCCCGCCGCGAUGCCGGCAGCAGGCGGCCCUGGGGACGGUAGCGGCCGUGACGCUCGCAGCGCAAACAGCAGCGGGGCCCUCGGUGUCAGCGGCAACGACAGCGGCAGCGGUGGUGGUGGUGGUGCACGCGGCGGGUCCGGGGCUGGGGUGGCGGCCAGCGCAGCGGCCCGGGCGGCGGCCAUCCGGGCAGCCAUUGCCGCCGCGCCGCCCGCGUCUUGGAGCUGGAGCCAUGCAUUUGCGUCGCGAGCGCAGCAGCAGCUGCCCAAGCAGCAGGCCGGAGCGCUGCUUCUUGCCCGGCCCGCAUUGGCCAAGCCCCCUGUGGUCAGCGGUGCACAGCAGUCCUCCGCCUACGCAGCAGCAGGCGCGCGCGCACCAGCACUUGCGCCCGCGGCGACGGCCCCAACAGCAGCUGCUGCCUCGCUGCGUCUGCGCCUGCUGCGCAGCGAUGGCGACUGUGCCGGACCCGCCACCCGCACCGGCGCCACGGCAGCAGCAACGGGUGCGACCUCAGCAGGCGCUUCCGUGUCGGUGACAGCGGCAUCGGCGGCGGCGCCUUCAAGCCCGACGGCAUCUACUGUUGCGGCUAUGGCGAGUUGCUCCCUGUCCACUGCCCGGCGCCCGCCGGCCGGCGGUGGCGCCGCAGCGGCCACACGGCCCUCGUAUGACAGUCAUGGCGGCGGUGCUCCGGCGUCGGCGUGCCAACCGUCACAACCACCGCCGCCGCAAUCACCACCGCAACAAACAUCGCUGGAGUCCGUGGGUGGCGCCGUGGAUGAGCACUUAGGGGAGCGGCCACCACACGUGCGACACCCGCAGCAGCAGCAGCAGCAUUCGCCGCCACUUGUGACGACGAGUGAGUCAAGCACUCGGCAGCACGAACACCCACAGCGGCAGCAUGUGCAAGGACACGAGGCACGUGCUCCGUUGCUGCAGUCGCAAUGGCAGCCGUGGUCAGCGGCAGUGCAGCCACCGCCGCCGCUGGCGCAGCCGCAGCCGCGGAGGGUGGCAGCGGUGGCUGUGUGUCGGCAGCUGCGGGAUGACCGCCGGGCGGCGGCCGUGACAGAGGCGUUUGCGGCGGCGACUGGAGCGGGUGCCUUCAAGCAGCAGCGCCGCAGUGCCUCCAAGACAGCGGCGGGCGCGACGCCGCUACUCACGUCCGGUUACACGUACGCCGCCUGCACCCUCACCAGCGUACCGGGCCUGUACGCGCACAUGCUGGACUCGCGGCACGGCCCCACACGCGCCGCACUGGUGUCCCAGCUGCUGCGGCUGCUGACGGGCGUGCUGGGGUCGCAGCACGCGGGCGCACUGCAGCUGCUGCGGAGGCACAGCAGGGGCCGUGAGUACCACGGCCCCGGCACCGGGCCCUUCUGCACCCUGUCGCUCACACACAACUACCACAACCGCAUACACGUGGACCAGGACGACCCGCCCCUGUCGUUCAUUACCUGGUGGCUGGAGGGCCGGUGCGGGCAGCUGUGCGGCGGCGCCUUCCGACUGGCCAACGUGCGGGUGCGCUUCACGCCGCUGCAGGGCACCACACUGCUCCUCAACACCAUCCUCAUCUACCACGGCACAGAGGCCUCCACAAACACACACUCGCCCAGCCGCGCCACCCGCCGUCCCGGCGGCCUCGACGCCGACACCAGCAGCAGCGCCAGCGCCAGCGCCAGCGCCAGCACGGUGCAGGUUGCCGACCCUGCCAACGCCGCGGCGGCCGUGGCGGCAGAGGCUGGCGCGGCGGCGCGGUGCGGUGCGGCGCCGGGCAGCGGCACCAGCACCAGCAGCACCACUGGUGGCACUGGCGGCGGCGGGCCUCUGCGGCGCCUAGGUUCGGCGCUGUGGGUGCGGGAGUCGGUUGUAGCGGCGGACGCGGCGUGGCGGGCGGGGGCGUGGGUGGCGUACAAGGCCGAGCACAAGCGGCGGCCGCGCGGCUUUGAGGAGGCCUGCAACUACGCACGCGGCCUGGUGCGGCGGUCUGUGGACCCGGCAGCGCAGCGGGCCGCCAUCCUGCGGGCCGGCCGCCUGACCGACUUCUUCCACAAGCACUGCGGGUUCGACGCGGCGCCGCUGCGGGAGGAGUGUGGGUGCUGGGGCGUGUGCGACCUGCCGCCUGGGGUGGUGUAGGGGGCGGGGUGGCGUGGCGGUAACUUGUAGCAUAACACAAUUUCGACUUGGAACUCGUGCAUGUGCGUGUGUGUGGGGGGGGGGGGGGGAAGCCAGGCUGCCCGAGGCGCAUUGCCCGGGGAUGCCGUAAGAACGGCGCGUGGCGGCGGCGUUGGACUAAUACCGUAUCAGGGCUAGGCGGUGUAGGCCGGGUGCGGCGCGGUUGAGUAAGCUGACCAUGACAUUCUGUGUGACGAUUGCUGAAGAGGCUGGAGGCUGCACGGUACAAAGGCGCUGCAGAGCCCGCUCCGUCAUCGGUAUGCUGUCUGCACAAUUGAACCUGAUGAGUGUCAUGAAUAAUCCGAUCUUUUUGG